CCUCUCUCUACACACCAUGGCACUGCUCGUUCACGAGCUACAACAGCUCAUCCCCCAGAAGCUCCUGCUAGACACGGUCGAUGGUUUCUUCCCUCGAGGAUCUCGUGAAUCACCGAUAGACCCAGCCAAUCUUCGUGGUCGGAGCUACGAUGCGACUCCGGCGUGGCCUGUACUCGAGAGACUGGCGGAGUGUGGGUUAGAGGGCGCAUUGAAGACCGACUGGAUGAGCAUCUUGCCCGGUCCAGAUGAGUCACUGUUCCCAAAGGCAUGUCUCGGUCUCAUCAUCCUCCUCGAUCAAGCCCCGCGCGAGGUGCUAUCCGACGGGACGAAUGCGAGGUACAAUUUCGGCUUUUUCGAUCCCAUCGCUUCCCAUGUUGUCGCCAAGUGGAAGGACCUGCCGCCGCAUCUGAUCCCAUGGAACAAGCACCGAUGGAGUGACUACCACCCCGAUUGGUGGAUGUUUGCUACCAUGUGGUUCAUGGCCCCGUUCACGCAUUCGGAGAUCCUGGCGAAUCACGACUAUCAGAUCGGCAUCUGGAGCUGGGUCAAGCGGGACUGUGAAAAGGAGUAUGGAUUACAGGAUCCGUAUGCGGAGCGGCUGAGAGCCGGGGGAGAUCUCGACGCAGAUCCCUGUGCUUUCCCCCGCGAGGCCAUGCGUGGGCCACCAUGGAACUCAUUCGCUGAAUGGCUCUACUGGUGGGCGAUGAUCUUCCACGUACAUCGUCCCAUCCUUCAAAACUUUGGACGCUAUCCCUACCGCAACGACGCACUGGGUCGAAGCACGACCCAGACCGAGGCACGGUGGAUCGAGGAGACCAAACUGUUUGCGGCAUCGGUUGAGGUCGCCGCUGGACAGAUCCGAGAAGAUGUAGAGAGGGGUCGGUGGAGACCUAUCCAGAGGUGAUUGGCGCGGACUGAGGUGACUAUAGGCAAUGAAUCCAUCUGAGCUCAGUCCACAUUGACUUCUAGACUCUUUCAAUGAUGCCACCCCCUUCCGCUGCCGAGAUCACAUGCAUAUUAUAAGGCCAU